AUGGACUUAAACUUGCUGGAAAAUAAAAUCAAGAAGGACCCUGAUGCCAACUGUGAUUUUUUCAAACAAAAAUGGAACGAGUUUGUCACUCUGUAUGAAAUAAUUAAGCUAACACCUCAGGUUUAUAACACAGAGUUUGUGAAACUGUUACAGUUCAUCACCAAUACCAUCGCACAUUACAAUAAGAGCAGUGACGUAGAUAAGCUCACUUAUAACCCUAGUUCAUCUGACCAGAAUAGUUCUAGCGCCGAUGAUGCUGGUAGUAUUGCCGAUGGCAGGUGGCUGUGCCUUAAGUUGAUUGAGCUGAUUAAGGAAUUCCGGAGAGUCAUGGACGGGAAGAUGACAAGAAUGGUGAUAAAGUCUACGUUUACACUUCGAACGAAGAGGCAAAUUGACCUGGAGACCAUACUCGUCGAAUGGUUGGAUCUCUUGGACCUGAAUGACCGGGAGCAGCGUAAGAAGCUGUACAACUACAUUGUCAAGGACCUGGCCCUGUUGAGCGCCAAGUCGAAGAACAGACAAUCGGUAAAAAGGCUGCAACAGCUUCUUUUCGAGAAGGUGCACAAAAGCACGAACCUGAACAUUAGGUUGCUCAGCUGCUGCAUAAUAAUUGAGCUGUACCGGCGUAACGUCUGGAACGACCUGUUCACGCUGAACCAGCUGUGCGAGCUGUGCAAGGCCCAGAACCCGAAGAUUGCCCUUUCCGCGAUUUACUUUUUGCUUUCCACCAAGAACCACUAUCACGUCACUUUUGAGGCUGCCUCCACGGACGCUCAGGGCUCCGCCAACGCUGAGACUCCUCAGCCUGUGGACCCGCCCGUUUCGCACUCCCUGAGUCACAUCUUGGACCUUUACGAGCCCUUCAAGCUCGUGGAGACUCUGCUCGACCGGUGCGCCAAGAACCACUUCCAGUACCAGCACAAGCUCGUCGCGCUGAAGCUUGCCGCCGUCGUUAUAAACAAGCACAAGCUGACUGUUCCCAGCUUCUACUCGUACCUCUCCAAGUACCUUCACCACAAGCAGCCCCUUGUGACCAGGGUCCUGCUGGUGUUCGUGAUUUCUGUUUAUAGCGGCCUCGAUGCUGCCCUCGUUGAGCCUCUGGCCAGGAAGGUCGUCGACGAUUUCGUAGCCCACGACCGUUCCGAUGACAUGAUCACCAUAGGAGUCAAUACUAUCAGGGAGAUAUGUAAUAAGUUGCCAGAAGUCCUCAGUGAGGACACUUUAAACUAUUUGGUGGAGUUUAAAAAUUACAAAUCCAAGACCUCUGAUGGCAGCAAUACAGAUGCUGUCUCAGACUCAGAUGCUGGUUCAGGCUCUGACUCUGACUCUGAUUCCGACUCCAUUGCUGAUCUCGACGAGUCUAGGCUUCUUUACACUUCAAGUAAGAAGCGGCGGCGGCAGCAGAGGCUUCAGGACAAGAUUGCCAGUAAGCGCGACAGGCUGGCUGCCAGGAAGCUUGCUCAGAGUCGUAAGGGCAGCAAGCAGAGUCUCACCAACAGGAUUAAGCAGCGCAACAAGCCUCUUCUGAUGACUCUUCAGAGCAGGCGUGUGAAGCAGAAGCGCAACGUCUCCGUUGCUGAGCAGAUGAGUCGUCUCAAGCGCCACAUCAGGGGCCUCAACAAGGGCAACAUGAAGAAGAAGCAGAGGCGCCACCACUAA